GGCCUGGAGAAGUCCCGCCGCGAUCUCACGUCCCGCGCGACGGGCGACGUGCUCGAACUGGGCGUCGGGACGGGCCUGAACCUUCCCGGGUACGACCUCCGCGCGGGCGGCGCGAUCCGGUCCCUCACCGCCGUGGACAUUAGCGGCGGGAUGCUCAACGAGGCCAGGACACGAGCCGACGAGCUCGGGUUCCGGGCGGCGAAGCCUCCUCCCGUCCGGUUCGUCGUGGCCGACGUCGAGAACCUGCCGUUCCCGGACUCGACCUUCGACUGCGUGGUGGACACGUUCUCCCUGUGCGUGUUCGAGCACCCGGAGACGGCGCUCGCCGAGUUGCGUCGCGUGCUCAAACCCGGCGGCGUCGCGCUGCUCGUGGAGCACAGCAGAAGCCAAAUCGGUCCUUUGGGGGCGUAUCAGGACGCCGUCGCCGCGCCCGUCAAGGCGCUGGCCAAGGGAUGCGCGUGGAACCAGGACGUGGUGGGUUUGGUGGAGGGCGCGGGGCUGA